ACCUUGGACAUAGAACCGUCGCAAGAGCAGACUCGAAAUGGAUAGUUCGACGCUAUCGUGCUUGGACACUGCGUCACAUAUCAAAGCCAUUGACCACGAUCCGACGAUGGAUGCAAUGGUACCGCGAAGGAGGAUAUUCCCAAGGACAUCGUAGUGGAGGAGAUCUUGUGCGAGCUUGGAUUGGGAUGAGAAAUGGUCAUGCAGAUUGACAUGCGCAAUCUACCCACUCCGAUGAACCCAGGCUUGAACCAGCUGCCUGAUAUCAGGCCAAGUUUCUUCACCCUCCGCACAAACGAUGUUGUGAAAUACGUCGCAUACACGGCUAUGGAAGCCAAACAGACGACCUUCUGGGCGAACGUUGCCGCCCCCGCUGGCAUCAUCACGACCUCCCACAUCGCUGCUAGGACAGUGGGCCAUCGGACUGGCAACAGCAGCGCCACAGCCAUCGUUUCUAUCCUUCUGGCCCAAAGUGAAGUCUCGAUGGUGUUUCCUAGAGCGCCAAAUAUCCAAACCACCUUAAACCCCACCUCUGUAAUCAGGCUGGCGUACAAUCCGUAUAAUCCUUUCGCAGGGAUUUUGUUCUUCAACACGUAACCUAAUGAGAGCAGUGCGAGCGUAUGAUGCUUGAGCACCUCACUACUGUUCCCAAGACGGAAGAGCUCCUGCGUCCAUAAUAGCCCACGACUACCCAAGC